UCCCCGCGCGGCCGCCACCGUAGCCGCCGCAUUCCGCGCCGGCGCCUCAGCAGCACUCGCCGCCUGCACCGCGCUCCGGCCAGACCCCACUGCCCAGCCUCGCGCCAGCCAUGGAGCCCACGGCCCCCCGCCGCCGCCACACCCACCAGCGCGGCUACCUGCUGACGCGAAACCCCCACCUCAACAAGGACUUAGCUUUUACUCUGGAAGAAAGACAACAGUUGAAUAUUCAUGGAUUGUUGCCACCUUGCUUCAUCAGCCAGGACAUCCAGGUCCUUAGAGUAGUUAAAAAUUUUGAGCGUCUGAACUCAGAUUUUGACAGGUAUCUUCUUUUAAUGGAUCUUCAAGAUAGAAAUGAAAAGCUCUUUUAUAGAGUGCUAACGUCUGACAUUGAAAAAUUCAUGCCUAUUGUUUAUACUCCAACUGUGGGUCUGGCUUGCCAACAAUAUAGUUUAGCAUUUCGGAAGCCAAGAGGUCUCUUUAUUAGUAUCCAUGAUCGAGGGCAUAUUGCUUCAAUUCUUAAUGCUUGGCCAGAAGAUGUCAUCAAAGCUAUUGUGGUGACUGACGGAGAGCGUAUUCUUGGCCUGGGAGAUCUUGGCUGUAAUGGAAUGGGCAUCCCUGUGGGUAAAUUGGCACUAUAUACAGCUUGUGGAGGAGUAGAUCCUCAACAGUGUCUGCCUAUCAUUCUGGAUGUGGGUACAGAAAAUGAGGAGUUACUUAAAGAUCCACUGUACAUUGGAUUACGACAGAGAAGAGUGAGAGGUCCUGAAUAUGAUGACUUUUUGGAUGAAUUCAUGGAGGCAGUUUCUUCCAAAUAUGGUAUGAAUUGCCUUAUUCAGUUUGAAGAUUUUGCCAAUGUGAAUGCAUUUCGUCUCCUGAACAAAUAUCGAAAUCAGUAUUGCACAUUUAAUGAUGAUAUUCAAGGAACAGCAUCUGUUGCAGUUGCAGGUCUCCUUGCAGCUCUUCGAAUAACCAAGAACAAACUAUCCGAUCAAACAAUACUAUUCCAAGGAGCUGGAGAGGCUGCCUUAGGGAUUGCACACUUGAUUGUUAUGGCCAUGGAGAAAGAAGGUUUACCAAAAGAGAAAGCCAUCAAAAAGAUAUGGUUGGUUGACUCAAAAGGAUUGAUAGUUAAGGGUCGUGCUUCCUUAACACAAGAGAAAGAAAAGUUUGCUCAUGAACAUGAAGAAAUGAAGAACCUAGAAGCCAUUGUUCAGAAAAUAAAACCAACUGCCCUCAUAGGAGUUGCUGCAAUUGGUGGUGCAUUCUCAGAACAAAUUCUCAAGGAUAUGGCAGCCUUCAAUGAACGGCCUAUUAUUUUUGCUUUGAGUAAUCCAACCAGCAAAGCAGAAUGUUCUGCAGAGCAGUGUUAUAAAAUAACCAAGGGACAUGCAAUUUUUGCCAGUGGCAGUCCUUUUGAUCCAGUCACUCUUCCAAAUGGACAGACCCUAUACCCUGGACAAGGCAACAAUUCCUAUGUGUUCCCUGGAGUUGCUCUUGGGGUUGUGGCAUGUGGACUAAGACACAUCACAGAUAAGAUCUUUCUCACUACUGCUGAGGUUAUAUCUCAGCAAGUGUCAGAUAAACACUUGGAAGAGGGUCGGCUUUAUCCUCCUUUGAAUACUAUCAGAGACGUUUCACUAAAAAUUGCCGUAAAGAUUGUGAACGAUGCAUAUGAAGAAAAGACAGCCACAGUUUAUCCUGAACCACAAAACAAAGAAGCAUUUGUCUGUUCUCAGAUGUACAGUACUGAUUAUGACCAGAUUUUACCUGAUUGUUAUACUUGGCCUGAAGAGGUCCAGAAAAUACAGACCAAAACUAACUAGUAGCAUAAUUUAGCCAACAUUAACUUCAUUAUUGAGAUCUUUAAGUCUUUUAUAAUUUUUAAAUGUUAGUAUCUUUUUUGAUGAUUCAUAACAUGAUUAGAUUAAGAUAAUUUUACUUUAACCAUUAAAAUUUAUAGAAUAUUAAUAUAAGUUAGGACAAACUUCACACUACACAAUUUUCCUUCAUUUACCUUCUGGUUAUUUAUAGUUUCAAUCUUAAUUAUUUUGUCCAAAUUCUCUUUAAAAGCCAUUGUACUGACUACUGAGAAACUCAUUUUUAUAUAAAAAAAUGGGAAGACCAAAAUUAGUAAUAUUGAUAUGAUCAGCAUUAAACCUCAUAAUUCUUUUGUUGACAAUUAUGUUAAUUCCUUCUUUUAAAAAAUAAAGAUAGAAGUGAAUUUAGGCAUAACUGAACUUUUGCUAAACAUAAAUAACACUACUUUGUUACCUGGAGAAAAGCAACUUGUCAGGUGUACUUAUUCCAGUCCUUCAUUGUAUUUGUUCUUUUUGUGUAACGGAAUCUGACAUUUCUAAGAAAGAUCAUUGCUGUUUACAAAACCUGUGCAGCCUUAGAUUUUAAUAUUCUUUUUUCCAUUGUUAUGUCUUAUAGAGCAAAGUGCUUAUUACCUUGGUUCACAGUCAGAAACCUUCUCAAGAGUAUUUUUAUUUCUCCACCGAACAAAUGCCCUAUCCUUCAACUACCACACUGUGGCUAAGGGCCUUAUGGACUGCCUGUCCAGAGGUUUGUACCUUCAGUUCAGCAUACCUGAUGAGUGAAAACAGCUAAAAACAGAGUCAAGAUCCUUGAUAGGGACUUCUUAAGCCCGGUUCUUAAGACAAUGAUCUGAUGAAUCAGGAGCAAGGCGCUGAUUCCCUAACAAGCUGGGUGUCUACUUGAGUGAUCUGCUUGAAUGUUCCAUUGAUUAACUCAGGUAACUAAGAGCUCAGUGUAUAAGUUCAAAAUUUCUCUGGAGUUUGGAGAAAUUUUUAUAAUUAUGUCCACAGUGUCUGAAAUAAUAUUUCUGUAUUUCUAUCAGUUACUAAAAUAUUUUAAUUAUAAAACCCAGACUAUGAUAAAGAAUAGUUAUAUCCCCAGAUUGUAUUAAUUUACUUUAGAUAUUAAUGAUUGAACUAAUGGAAACAUUUUUGAAUUCUUAAGCUCAGGUGCAAUAACAUUUGCUAUUUAUUUAUAGAAUCAUCUAGAGAAUUUUCUGUUUUUGAAGUAAUGAUUUAUAGAGUAUAAGAUGUUAAAGAUAGACUGCACUAUGAAAUGCUAUUAUUGAAAGCUGAAGGUUAUACAGAUUGUUUCAGGUGUGAGUGGAAUGGACCAGGGACUUUCUUGUGGUAACAUUUAGUUAAGGGUUUCUGUAACACAGUUAUUUGGAAAAGAUUCAUAAUACUUAAGAAAUAAGUAUUGUUUGUUUCCUUGUUGUUAUAUAGCUCUAACUAAAUGUAUUUACCUAUGCAAAGAUUUCUUAAACCAAGAAAAAGUGAAUGAAUAAAAUUAUAAAAUGA